AUGGCUCAGGUGCACAGCCUGGAGGAGGGCAAGAAGCUGCGCGAGCAGGACCCCAACAUCACCCAGAUCAAGGGACCCGAUGAAGAGACUAUCACGCCUGGCAAUUGGCCCAAGACUGGUCGGUUGAGGCCUCUGCCCGAAGAUGAGGCGGCGCGUCAGAAGUACCUCGAGCAGGAGGCCAGGCGCCGGGGCGAGGAGUACGACGAGCUGGAGGCCGAGACCAAGGGCGGGCUGCCCACCCAUGAUUCGGAGCUCUACGAGACCGAGAGGAGGGCACUCUCAGAGGGCGACCUGCGCCUCAAGGCCGGCGAGCAGGGCUUCAAGCACCCGCACGGCCCGGCCGUUCGCGCGCUCAACAAGCUCGAAGGCAGGAGCGAGAUCUGA